AUGUCGAACGAUACAGCUCACAAGCCAUUAUUAUCUACGGAGCAAUUAGAUGACAAGACUCAAGAAUUCAACCAAAACUCAAAAACCUCUUCAAGAAAAAGAAAAUUGCGUCGCUGUAGAAGCGCUCCUCGUGGUGAUUCAAUGUACAACGAUGAUGAUUCAGAUGAUGUCAAAAUCGACGAACCACCUCCUCAUCCGAGUAAAAUCCCAAUGUUCAAGAAUCUAAACUCAAAUCUCAGGCUAGUGAUCAUCUUCUUGGUUUUAUAUAUUACCAUUGGUACACUCUGCUUUUACCUCGUGAGAAACCAAAUCUCCGGUCACAAGACCAACGAUGUGUUAGAUGCUCUUUAUUUCUGCGUUGUAACGAUGACAACCGUUGGAUAUGGUGACCUUGUCCCUAGUAGUUCCACCUCGAGGCUGCUUGCUUGUGCGUUCGUCUUCUCGGGAAUGGUCGUCGUUGGUCAUCUUUUAAGCCGAGCAGCGGAUUACAUAGUGGAGAGGCAAGAGAAUCUGCUGGUUCGGGCUUUCGAUAUUCGCCAAACCGUUGGUCCGGAAGAUAUUCUCAAGGAGGUGCAUACUAAGCUAAGACACAAAUGCUAUGUGACGUUUCUUGUUCUUGUUAUCCUCAUCAUUACCGGUACGGUUUUUCUUGUAAUGUUCGAGAAAAUGCCGGUUAUCGAAGCGUUCUACUGUGUUUGUUCGACCGUUACAACGUUAGGUUAUGGAGAUAAGAGCUUUAACUCGGGGACGGGACGGCUUUUCGCGGUGUUUUGGAUCUUGACGAGUACUAUAUGUUUGGCUCAGUUUUUCCUCUAUAUGGCUGAGCUAAAUGCAGAAACGAAACAGAGGGAGUUGGUGAAAUGGGUUUUAACAAGGAGAAUCACAAACAAUGAUCUUGAAGCAGCUGAUCUUGAUGAAGAUGGAGUUGUUGUAGCUGCAGAGUUUAUAUUGUAUAAACUGAAAGAAAUGGGGAAGAUUGAUGAGGAAGAUAUUGCUGGGAUCAUGGAAGAGUUUGAGGAACUGGAUUGCGAUGAUUCGGGUACUCUGACGAAUGCUGAUAUCACUCUAGCUCAAACGGGGUCAUAG